GGAAAUGAGAAGUGACAGCAUGCGAGAGAACGAAUCGCGAGCUGGCUGAAUGCCUACGUUUUAGCGUGUGAUUGGUUGCGCUGGUUCCAUAGACUUCUAGCCAAGUGUUACUGUGAGACCUUUCAUUGGUGAAGCGAGGAGGAAACGGGUGCACAAAUAGCGUGAAGCCGGUUACAUGCGGGGAAAUAAUUAAUUAUUAUUGGGGUGGACAGCACCAAGUUUGAGCCAUGAGGUUCCACCGUGUAUCCGUUAGCCUUUGUCUUCUGUUCGUGUAUUUGGCUGAUAUGGCUAUGGGAGGGUAAGAAUCUGUUUAAUGAAAUAACAGCAAGCAUUGAGCUAUUGUAUGACUGCAUAUUGUAUAACUAGAAACACUGAAACCUAAGCAAUCUUAAAAUAGAUGUCAGACCCCCCAGUUAUGGGAAUUUGUGUCAUUGUGUGACAUGGUAAACCCUACAUAUUAUCAGUGUAGAUCAGGGGUAGGCAACAUUCGGCACUCCCAAUUCUUGUGGACUACAUAUCCAUUAAUGCUCUUAGAGCCACAAUGCUGGCAAAGCAUCAUGGGGGAUGUAGUCCACAGCAUCUGGAGUGCAACGAUGCCUACCCCUAGUGUAGAUCACAGAACAGUUUGUAACGUAGCAAUAACAUUUCUGGAUAUACUUGAAUACAUUGACAUUUAUAGAUCCCCAGCUGUUUCAGACAAACCCCCACUUUGAUAUUCUGCCAGUAUUACAUUGAAACUGAGUUUGUAUUUAUUGCAAUGUGCAUGUUUUAUAAGGCGUGAAUGGCUGGCCACUGUUUUAACCAGAAACGUAUUGUUUGUUUAUGGAACUUUGUAAAGCAAUCAUACUGUAUAUCUUUACAACGUAGAUGAAUGCAAAUUCAUGUGAGUACAUGAAUACUGUUGCGCAUGAAGUAAAAUUCACAUGCUGUCAAGGGCAUGUAACUGGUUCCUCCUAUAUGUUCCGUGAAUCAUAUAUUCAGCAUGUGGCUAUAGUAUACUGCGAGACAGCACAAGUCAUGUCCUUCAAGUCAGCAUGUGGAAAUCAUGAUUGUCUAGGAAAAUGUGAUUCAGGUGGCAGCUCUAGUUGCUAGAUGGAGAAAGUUUUGGAGUCCCUUUUAUACCAGAGACUAGAUCAAAUGUAGGUCCAUCGCAUUGACUGGUAAAAUUGUAUGCGUAUUGCAACAUCUCUUUACCAUUUGGGUGAUGUAUACAUUUUCUCUCUCACAAUGAAAUUAGAAUCUAUAAAUAUCUUCUCUUGACAGCAAUUAAUUUGCCUAUUCUGUACUGUAAUGUUUUAAACAUGAGAUUAGUUUCAGGGACAGGUCAGUUAUUGGUUAGUUUAUUUUCCCAUAAUUCCUUUGAUCAAACUGGUUACAGCACCUACCAAAUUCUCACCCAUGGGAACCUUUAAAAUUUGCUCAUGAGCACUGAAUUAUGCUUAUUUUUUCCUUCCCCUUCUGUGUACUUUGUGUAUAUUCAAGCGGCUUUCUUUUCUUUCUAGUCGAGACUUUUAUAAAAUCUUGGGUGUAUCACCAGGAGCUACUGUAAAAGAAAUUAAGAAGGCAUAUCGCAAACUUGCAUUGCAGCUGCAUCCAGAUCGAAAUCCUGAUGACCCUCAAGCACAAGAUAAAUUUCAAGAUUUAGGUGCAGCCUAUGAGGUUUGUAUAUCAUAGUAUUUCUUUAACUACUUGUUCAGAACCCAAAAUGAACAACGCCGCUCUGCACAAAUCAGAAUCUCCUCAUAGAAAUACAUUGGAUCAAUGAUCUCUUUGAGAUACAUUCAGCAUCUCCAUGCAGAGAAUUGUGCAGCACUGACCCAGGAAGCACCUCUGUUUGCCAUCUGAGUGGCUCCCAGUAGAGGUGUUCCUAGACCAUAAUGUAAACACUGCCUUUUGUCUAAUAAGGUAACGUUUACAUUAAAAAGCAGGCAGUAGGCACCAGAACAACUACAUUAAGCUGUAGUUGAUCUGGUGAUUAUAGUGUCCCUUUAAACCAUGGGUGCCCAAAAGGUAGAUGCCCUGAUUUAAGCAAUGUUAGAAAAUGAUUCCGUCAGAAAAGUAUUAAUACAAAUAUCAAGUGCCACCAUCAUCAAUUCUAUUUCUUUUAUAUGUGAAACUCCAACCACUAAUCAGUGAUUUGAAGUGGUCAUGGUGGUUGGAAUCUGAAUGUGAGAUGUUUCAGCUUGACAUACUGAGAUAUUUGUAAUUGUGUACUGGGGGCUAGUUGCACCCCCAGCACAAGUGACAUUGGCAGCCCAGAACUGUGGGCACAUAUUGUGUUUGUAUAUUAUUUACAAUUGCUUAUCCAUGUUCUCAGGUGCUUUCUGAUGAAGAAAAAAGAAAACAGUAUGAUGCAUAUGGAGAGGAAGGUCUGAAAGAUGGUCAUCAAAGCUCCCAUGGAGAUGUAUUUUCUCAGUAAGAAUUUUUUUUUUUUCUUCUCUCAAACUGUUGAUUGGUCUUUUGAACUGGAGAUCAUUGUUGCACUUAGAAACUGUAGAGCUUUUGAAAUAAGAGAGUGUGUGUUAGACUUCUACACAAAUCUAUUUUAGCUCGUACAAAGCAAACAAUGCCUUUUUAAUCCGCGCCCGAAUGAAUUGAUCCGUUUAAGAGUUGCCUGUGUAAUACUAUUCAAUGAACCCCUCAGGAAAGCAUUGUAUACUGCUUUUCUAUGAGGAAAUCCUAAUUCGAGCGCGGCCGUUGAUGUCUCCCACUCCGGCUGAUGAGGGGGCAGAGGCGGACCCGACCCAGUGCCGAGGGACAGAAGGGUUUUUACAGGGAGCUGUUGUGCCAGGAAAGCAACUGACGAAACUUUGAAUCGUCAGCACAGUGCCUCAAGCAUCUGGUUCAGGAUUAGUUUGCUGGCAAAGGAGCAAACCCUGAAUCCUCUAGACCAGGUUGCCCAAAAGGUAGAUUCACAGAUGUUUUAACACUACAGCUUCCAUGAUGCUUUGUCAUUGUAAAGGCAUGUAAAGUAUCAAAGGAGUUCUAGUUCUACAACAUCUGGGGAUCUACCUUUUCGGCACCCCUGCUCUAGACCUUUCGUACGUUGCAGUUUGGGGGAGUUACACUAAUGAGUGAGGCAUGUCAUGAGCUAUUUAAUCCCCUCUGCAAAACACCUCAGUGCUCAGUUAUGCGCCUACAGUUCUGGAGUUCACUAGUCCUGUUAUCCCUUGUCUUAUUGAUUCCUUGUAUUCUGACCCCUGGCUGUUAUUUCCGUUGAACCUCCGCUGGCUGGAAGCAAUCCUCUCGUGGUCAACACCUCAGACGGAAAGAAAAGAUACAGAGUAUCGGAAGUUAAUCUGCCUGCAAUUUACCCAAGAAUAUAUAUUCGCUGGCCUCAUUCACUGCUAAGAAAAGCAAAGUAAUUUAGAAUCCCAUGGCACAAAGGCAUUUGACAUAUUGAAGAAACAGUUUACUGUUGCCCCCACCUUGCAUCUGCCUGACCUUGAACAACCUUUCUUCUUUGAAGUGGAUACCUAUGAUGUUGCAACAAGAGCAAUUUUAUCACAAAGGGAAAAAGAAACCCGACGCAUUGUAUCCCAUCACCUUCUAUUCCAAGAGUUUAUCGAACGCUGAACUUAACUAUGACAUGGGCGACAAGGAGUUAUUUGUCAUCAAAAGAGGGUUAGAAGAAUAGACACUUUUUGGAUAUGGCUAAGCAUUAGGUGACAAUCUAUAUGGAUCAUAAAAACGUAGAAUAUUUACGUACCACAAAAAUGCUUAACCCAUGUCAAUCUCUAUGGGCUUUUAUUUUCUCCAGAUUCUCUUUUCUUGUAUCCUACCGCCCCGGAAAACAUAACAAGAAAGAAUAUCGCCUUUUGCGACUGCGUUCAUUGGAUUCCCCUAAAGUCAAGCGAGCAGAAACGAUCUUACAAGAUCACCACGUCUAUGGAAUAACAGCGCAUUUUCUAAUCAAACCUUAGAGACCUCUCUACGCUGCUAUACCACAUAUCUAAAAUCAGACUAGAAUGAUCUUCAAGUGACUGCAGAGUUAGAUCAUAACAGUCAAUGUGAUUAUACCCAUACAUCACCCAUUUUCCUGAAAUACGAUUUAUUUCCUUCAUCUUUUCCUGGUCUGCCAACACACAUCCCAGUUCCUAUUUUUUUUUUUUUCAACCCAGUUGCUUCUUUCACGUGGGCUUCGACGUGCACAAAAAGCCUUGAAAGAUAGUCAGCUAACCCACAUAGCUUAUGCCAACCGCAGACGACAACCAGCACCUUUAUACAUCGUUGAUCAAAAAGUUAUACUUUCUACCGAGUACCGUAACUUAACCUAACCCUUGAAAAAGUUAUAACCUACAUUGGCCCUUUUCGUAUAAGCAAGGUCCUGUCUAUAUUGGUGGUGAAAUUGGAACUUCCCAGUCCGUACCAAAUCCACCCUACAUUCCAUAUAUCGUUGCCAAAACUGCUUGGUCAGCUCGCUGUGAUCUCCCUGCUCAGAGGUUGGCGUGUAGGCGUUCAGUGGAGUCUCCAACUUCUUCGCCUUCCCAAUGUUUCAGAUUGCUCCUCAAAUCGUGGUUUGUUGGCACAUCUACUUUUCACAUCCAGAUAUUGGAGUCCUGUUUGCCGACAUAGAACUGAGUUCCUGGACUUUCUAGACAAUUUGCAUGCCAAAUGGAGAAAGGGGCGGAGCAGUUUGGGGCAGUCAGACUAAUGAGGGAGGAGGUGCCUUCCACUCCCUAUUUAAUUAUUUUUGCAGCACAUCUCUGUGCUCAGUUGUGUGCCUACAGUUUUUGAGUUCACUAGUCCUGUUAUCCCUUAACUUACUGAUUCCUGGACUUCUGACCCUGCCUAUUCAUUCACUUUAGAAUUUUUGCUGCCUGGACUGACCUUACCUUCUACCUGACCACGUCUUUGGAUUCUCCCUUACCAUACUUCACUACUGGUAUUCUGCAUAUUGGGUUCUCCUGCUCCAAACCCAUGACAUUAGGAUGUCAGGUGGACAAACUUAUAAAAAAUAAAUUUCUGUAUAAUAUACAAUAUAUAAUAUAUAAUUAAAAGGAUUAUAAACUGCUAUAAAAGCAUUCAUUAUCCGUUAGUUACCUUUGCAUGUUGAUGUAAGACAACUUGUAUCCAUUACAAGUGCCUACAUGUAUUUUAAAGUCCGGUUACUGCACAUGUAAAUGAAACGUGUCUCCGUUGGUACAUGUAACCCAUGUUGUGCUUUAAAGUGAAAUAAUGAUGUUUUCUUACUUUGUGUAGCUUCUUUGGAGACUUUGGGUUCAUGUUUGGAGGGAAUCCUCGCCAGCAGGACAGAAAUAUUCCACGAGGCAGUGACAUUGUUAUUGAUUUAGAAGUGACACUGGAAGAAGUAUAUUCUGGAAACUUUGUAGAAGUAAGUAAAACGCACAACGUUGAAAAGAGAAAUAUUUAGGUGUCUUUUUAUUAUCUUGUUGACAUUUUAAUUUAACUUUUGACUAUUUUUAAAUGCUUAUGUUAAAAAUGAAAUUGAUCUAUACCUUUUACUUUACAGGAACAUAUUAUCAUAUUAUUUCACUUUUCAGAGUGUAUCCAGCCGAUAGGCAGCAAGGCAGUUUUAUAUGAAGUCAGUGCAGGGUCCUAGUACCUAAUUUCCUUGUCCAAUUGAGUUAGUGUUUGCAGGUUGCAACGAGUCACUGUUAGCACAUGUGUACUUCCUGAAUUGGAUAAAAUAGCAUGUAUCCAGAAAGAUGCAUGCCAGUUUAUCUUCCUUUGGGUGCAUUCUGCUUUAUCCUUUUUAACUCUGGGUUAUAUUACAUAAGCUGGUGUUUAAUACAAAACAUGUUAACAACUUUUUAACACUUCCUAUUAUAAUGUGCGUGAUUUUGAAUCUGGUAUAGUUGACUUAACAUUUUUUUCUAGUUGUGCUGUGUUUUACCUUAGCACAGUUAAACAGCCAGAUUCAAUAGGUAAAAUUACUAAAUACCAAAGCAAAAAUAGAUGCGCUGUACCUUUUAAAAUAUUAGAAAGUGCAAAUAGUGCAAUAAUUUGUGCAAAAACACAGUGUAUGUACAAUGUAAUCACAUUCAGUGUAACAUAAGUGCAAAAUUGCAAAUGUGAUGGUGGGAAAAUUCAAUAUCCAAAUAAUUUACAAGGAAAGUGUAUAUCUCCUUUGAUUCUCCAAAUCACAUAAGAACAUAUGUAAAGAGAGAUAUAAAAUGGAGAGACAUAGUAUAAUAUUGUUUGUACAUAAGUAUAAGAAACAACAAUGUAAAAAUAGGAGUAUCACUCACAAAAAAGAGCAGUAAAAGCCUGCUCUAACUGAUCCAGCUUUUGAUCCACAGACCAGGACUUCUUCAAUGUUGGUACAAGUAGGCAGAAGGCAACUCUGAGUUCCAGGAAGUGAAACCUGCAGUGCCGAAAAUCACCAAGGACUGGUAGAUAUUUGCAAUACAGCACUGGCUAAAGGUUAUCAGACUUCUAUAUGGAAACUGGGAAUGUGGAUUUUAUUUACUUUGAGAGCUGGUGUUCUGCCUACUUGUACCAACAUUGAAGUCCUGGUCUGUGGAUCAAAAGCUGGAUCAGUUAGAGCAGGCUUUUACUGCUCUUUUUUUGUGAGUGAUACUCCUAUUUUUACAUUGUUGGUUCUUAUACUUGUGUACAAACAAUAUUAUACUAUGUCUCUCCAUUUUAUAUCUCUCUUUACAUAUGUUCUUAUGUGAUUUGGAGAAUCAAAGGAGAUACACACUUUCCUUGUAAGUUAUUAAUUGGAUAUUGAAUUUUUCCACCAUCACAUUUUGCACUUAUGUUACACUGAAUGUGAUUACAUUGUACGCACACUCUGUGUUUUUGCACAAAUUAUUGCACUAUUUGCACUUUCUAAUAUUUUAAAGGUACAGCGCACCUAUUUUUGCUUUGGACUUUAUGUAUGGUGUUUUAUGAGCUUGUACACUUUUAGGUGCUGCUACACUUUUAUUAUCUUUACAUUCAUUUUAUACUAAGCACUUUUAGCGCCUUUUAUUGCUUGUUUGUUUUUUAGUUUUUAGUAAAAUUACUAAAUAGUAUAUAUCAACACUAAGUAUAUAUUUUGUUACAGCAGCAAUACAGUGUCUGCAGUUUUUUUUUUAAAUUACUCUAAUAUCAUUGUUGUUAUAGUACCACUUGAAGGAUCACUCCAAGCAUUAUAACCACUACAUAAAUCAUACAACAGAUGCGAGAGUGCAAUAGUCUAUAUAAUAUAACAUGUAUCAAUAGUAUUACUCACAAACCUGGAGCCAAAUUCUCACAUAUGGCUCUCAUGGAAAGCUCAGUGGUACUCUUGUAGGGGUUAGCAGAUGUUCUGAGUAGAAAUAGGCGUUGAUACAUCUUUUCAAUGAAGAUCCAUUAUUCAGUACAAGUUAUAAAACAAAAUAUAAAAUGCAAUAAAAAGGUAUUGCUAUGAGAGUCCAAUUGGUCUCUUGCUUAUGCCUAAAAAGUUCUCUGGUAGUCCGAAAGUCAUUUCGCCCUAUGGUGGGGGCUUCCUCAGUCAGUGUGGUAUCCAGAGUCUCCCUUGCGUCUUUUUAAAGCUCACCGGUGUUCUAUCAAAUUUCUCUACCCGUGAUAGAACAGUCUCUUCCGGGUGGUAUCUUCUGUUUGGAACGCAUUGUGCAUUCCACUCUGGGCGUAUUUCCUGGUCGCACCUCUUGCGUCAUUGAAGUGCGUGGCUUGUGAUAUAGUGGUAAAGAAAACACCAAAAAAGUGGCAUAGUUUUAUAGUGAUAAUAAAAGAACCUUUUAAAAAGAGUGACAUAGUUCUAUAUCCUGGUUUAUUCCUCCAACUUAAUAAGGUCUCCAUAGUUUUUUAUAUUUAAGAUUCAUAGUAGCACCAUUUAAAAGAAAAACCUAUAUUUAUAAAAACCUGUAUUAAAAAGUGGCAUAGCUCAAAGUCCUGAUUUAGACAGUGUGGGACCAUGGUGUUGAAGUUCAAAAUAAAUUUCAGGGGGCGGUGCCGAGCCACCAUGCUGGCUGGCCACAUGGAAGAUCAGCUCUCGCAAUUUAAGAGCCUUUUGAUCCAUUUAAGCGGCCUAGCUCAGCAUUGAGCGUUAAGUAACGACCGCCCACAUAAGCAAGGGGCGCUGGCCUGGGUACCGAGCCACAACUUGUGCUUUACCCCCUCGUGACAAAUGUUCCGUUGACCACGGCCUGUUUGGUUGGUGAGUGGGGCAGAUGGCCCUGCUAUCCUGCCUGUCAGUUACUGGUCGGAUCUUUUGAUUGGCGAGGUGAUGGCCUUGCUCCCCCUCCCCCUGGCCGGUGGGGUCAUCCCGGUCCACCCUGGGACUCUAACAAUGCCUGAAAACAUUGGAGGUCUCACUUACCUUCCAAGAUGGCGAUGAAGCCUGCUCUGGGAUCCGAACACUCCAUGGUGAAAGCAGCCUCCCUUGGGGCUCUUUUCACCCUCUACAGGAAAAGUGGGAUAUCACUAAUAAAGUAACCUGAAGCUUAAACAGAGGUGCUAACAAUCGACACCUAGGCCCCACUGCGGGGAGCAUAUAAACUUCUAAAGCUGCACAACUUCCAAGGUUCCGACAAACUACCAGAGUCACAAGAAAUCUCCUUCUUCCUACCACAUUUGGAUGUUCCAACUCAACUGUCUCUGUUCCUCAACUCCCCACAUUGCGGUGCCUAGCUGAACAAUGGCCUGGGUGGCAGUCUGGCUGUGUGCUUGCAGACCUACAUCAGACUGCUGGGACUGCAUCCUGCAGAUAGUGGGAUUUGAAAGACCUCUAUUUUGGGACUGGGGGUGCCUUUCCGUUGGCUAACGCACAAUUAUUACUAUGAGAUCUCUUCUGACAGUCUAUACAAUUUUUAGUACUCGGGGAUCUUUACUAGCUAUGACAUGUAUCCCUCUGCUGUAUGUCAUUAAUCUGUACUUUCUCUCUCAUGUCACACUGUCUCACGCUUUUAUUAUUGCCUGAGGUUACAUUUAAUCUACGCAUAGAGAAGCCUCUCACUCUAAUUAAUCUAACUUCUCUGCAACAUGCACGCAUUCUCUUUUAGACCACAUGAGGUUACCAGCACGAGGCGUACUCAGCUUGCUAUAGCCUAUACUGUUUGAAUGUUUAUCAUUUUUUUUUUUUCAUUUGUCUUGACCUUCUUAAAACUUAGCUAACUAACAUCUGCUCAUUCAACCUAGGCGUACCUGACGAGCAUGUUAUAAUCUAUACAUACAUAUCUAAUUUCCCUAUGGAGAUUCAUCAGUUAAGUUAAGAUUGUUUAUGUAUAACAAAAAAUGUGCAACUACUCAUGCCACUGUAUAUCUUUAUGUACGCUGUUGUGGAGUUUGUUCUGUACCUAUCUGCACAACAGAAAAAUAAAUAAUAAAUACAUUUUCUUCAAUUCCUAUCUUUCUGUUGUAAUCUCCCACUCUCUCUAGUCUCUUUUUACUAGUUUUAAAGGACAAAAGAGACCUCUGGGGGUUUUCUUAUGAAACAUCUUUAAAUGGUUGUAAACACUGAGUUUCUAAUCCUUUUUUUUUAUUUUACUUUUUAUGUUCCUUAUAUGUUCUGCUUUUCUUACAUCUGAUAGUUCUACUGCUGUAUAGUAAAUUACAACACGACUCAUAGUGUUCUAAAGGUCUCCAUAGGUUUUUUUUAUAUUUAAGUUGGAGGAAUAAACCAGGGCUUUAGAACGGUCACUUCCUUCUUUUUAUUUAUUUUUAUUUAUUUUUUUGUGCUUAUAUUUUACUAUAAUGCUAUACCACUUUUGUGGUGUUUUCUUUACCACUAUAUCAUGUAUGUAUUUUUAUUCAGGCAGAGAAUUCUACUUCCUUAUUGUUUUUACAGUAAAAAAAAAAACUUUUCUUUGCCUUAGACGAAAUCUUCUCUCUUCCAGUCUAAACGCAUGACUUCAUGUCAUAUGUAAAGUCCGGUUUGUAAUAGAUUUCCACACAGUGGUUUGUUUUGGCCCCGAAUAUAUUUGUAUAAUGUUAUCAUAUCCCCUCUCAGGCGAUGUUUUUCUAAACUAAGUAGGUUUAAAUUUGUUAACCUUUCUUCAUAGCAGAUAUGUUCCAUUCCUUUUAUUAAUUUUCUGGCCUGCCUCUGCACUUUUUUUAGUGCCAUAAUAUCCUUCUUUAGAACAGGUGGCCAAAAUUGCACAGCAUAUUCAAUAUGUGGUCUUACCAGUGAUUUAUUAUGUGGGGAUAUUUAUGGGAUAAUAUUAUACAGUUGAGAAUUGCCCACUAUUUCAAUUCUCUUAGAUCUUAGAGAUCGUUAUCAUGUAAGUGAAAUGUAUUCCAUACAAAUAAAAUCACAAUUUGUUAUAAAAAUAGAUAUAAUUUAUCGUGACAAAUUAUAAAACAAUAUUAGGCAGCAUGCAUGAUAAUAAUCAGUGAAUAUUUAGUAUAACUUCGUAUACAAUGGCUAAACACAGUACAAAGCUACAGCGUCAACUGUCAAGACUUACACGAUUUAUGAGGUAUUUCGCAGACACAGAAAGCUAAACUUCCAGCAAAAGUAAAACCUUGGCUAACAGUUAGAUCAACUGGGUAACCUUUCAAUGCUGGCUAGAUCCUCCUAGGCACAUACUACCCUAUUCUCACAUGAUUUUCAAUUAAAAUAACAUUCGAACCAGCUCAUUAAUCAUUUCCUGGAACCAUCCAAUAAGAAUAAUCUACCAGAUUUUUACAAAAGCCAAAUUUUAAUUUGCCUAAAAAGAUAUCUUAUCUUAUAGUAGAGCAAAUCAAUACACCUGGAUAAAAACAACGGUAUGCUAACGUGAUACUAUCACAUUAAUAUAUAAUUAUUCUUAAUUCCACCUGCAGAAUGGAAUGUUUAUAAUUAUAUAUUCUUUAGUUAACCAAGAUUUCUAAAUAUUGAAAUCUGACCGUGAUUUAUCCAGUCAUAUAUCAUGCUUUUAGAUCUUUUAAUUAAUUUUAAUUAAUUAAAACCAGCAUAAUUACCAGUUAUGUAGGUAUUCUCAGAUGAGUAGGAAAUCCCAGGAAAAUGCGAGUAUGAUUGGUUGUAUGGAGGUGCGUGAGUAACAGAGAAAAGUGAUGUUGGUUAAAAAGUAUCAGUAUAAGUGUCAAGGAGUGUUUCUUGAGUUGUGUCCAAGAGAGUUUGAGAGUUGAAUGUUAGUCCCAGAGAGUGUCCUGAAUCUCUCUCUGCAUGUCCGAAUCUGACUGCCCAAACUACCCUCUCUCUUCCCUUUGUCCUAACUUUUAAAAGGCCAGACUCUCUGUACGUCAUUAGUUGAUAAGGCCAAUAGGAUACUGAUGGUGUGGUCAACCUGCAGAUCGCAAUUUAGGUAUUUGAUCCAUAGAGAACAGUCUUGCCUUACUAAACCUUCCUAUCCAGGAAAGAGUUAACUUUUCCUGAUGACGAUUUUGACGUCAAUUGGCUUAUCUAAAAUGAUUACCAUAACUUAAAUUUGCUGUCAGUUCAAAGCAUUUGUCUCAGUCUUUGUGGCAACUAUUUUGAUUGUAAUUUCUAAAAUUGACCAUUCUAAAGUCAAUUUCACCCCUUACUUACAAUGAGACCUUGUAAAAUUUAGAAAGUAAAAUUAAUUACUUAAUCUUCUGUCACUAGUGUCUGUGUUUAAAAUUACUUCUAUUCCAUUAACAUUUAAACAGAGCAUUCCAUCCCCCUGCUUCAUUGCUUAUCACUUGGCUUGUUUAUAUAAUGCAUUCCUUAGCUCAGGCUAGUGGCUAGUGUUACUGAAAGCAAGAUGAAAUUAUGUGUCUUUGUUAGACUGAAGAUCCAAAAUGGAGUCUGUUCUGAGUGACUCUGGCAAUAUACACUUUUAAUUUCUAUCUUGGCACAAAAUGUCUGCCGAUAUAAAUAUCCUGACAUAACCCCCCUUAGCGAUUAUCAUUAUUUAGUCUAUCAAUAAGCACUAUAGAAGUUACAAGACAUAUUGUGCACUCAUAUCAUUUCUACUGACAUAGGCCUUUACGUGGAAUUAACAGAUUUGUAUAUUUUUGUACCUGUAAGAGCUUUGAACUUUACACUUAGUACAAUCAACCAUAAUAUCAUUAUUAUCAUUGUAAAUAGUUUUCAUUGGAAAAAAUGUUUUUGGGAGUUGCAUAUGGUAUGGUCAAUAAAAAGCAAAUCUCUAUGCGUUCCGGAUCAAUUAAGCGAGGUAUAGCACUCCCCAUCUCAAAGGCCAGAUUUAAUUGCAUAGGCUCAAUUGUUUCUCCAUCCACGUUGGCAAGCAUUGCAUGAACAAUAUCCUUGGAUACAAAGUACAGAGGUAUGCGUCCCCCUGCCAAUUAUGUAGGGUGGCGCAGACUUUGACGAGUAACCUUAGAUAGUAUUAGUAUGCCGAGUAGCUCUAGACUUUCAAACAUUAUUUAUUCGCAGUAUAGAGGAAAUUCACGCAUUAGCGUUCGAGAAUUGGAGGGGGGUGUCAACAUAGACGAUUUUAACCCUAAGAGAGAACCUCUAUGCUGAGCAGACUUAAAUUCGAAAUUGGAAUUAGAUAGUUAAUCUAUCUUUCUUUAAUAGCUUUGCUGUAUUAAGGCUGUAUCGUGGGAUUUGAAGGGACAGGCUAGAUAGCCAUCUGAUUACAAAUACCGCCCCACAGGUCGAACAAAGGGGAUCACUGUUCAUUACUGUAUCCUCCUCUUUCUCUUCCCACGUUCAACAGCUAACAAACUAUACAAGCAGCUAUGCUGUCCAAUAAAAUUGUACCCAGGGUUAAAUAAUAUGGUUAUACUCAGGAUAACUCUGCUAACAGAAAUUAGUAACAAUGUUACAUCGGGCACUAAGGAUGAUUAAUUCUAGCAGUCUGAGCAGCUACCUUAAUAUGUAAGCAUACGAGUAUUUAGUAAUCUAUCUUACCAGUAGUUGAGGUUACAUUUAUCCAUAAUUGGAGCGCCAAUAAUUCAGAUUAUGUUUUGGUAAAUUUAUUACAGUAGAGUCUGGGUUCACCCUAGAAUUGUGUUAUUAACAGUUUAGUUAUUAGCACUAUUUAUAGAGAAAGAUUUCACUAAACUAGACUUAUAUAUCUUAGAGUGGGCAUUUUUUCCCUCUAGUGAAAUCACAAUUUUUAGCGUUAAUUUAGUGAUUUAUAUUUAGAUGUGGUGUAGCAACACGUGUUUAUCACAAUAGUGAGUGUAGAGCCCUUAUUAUUAAGGGACUUUUUAUUGGAUUUAUUAAAAGUGACGUUUUAAUUUAUUUGUGCUCCAUUGGUGUUAAUUUUUAUCAGAACGGUAAUCUCCAAUUUUUCUUUUCUUUUUGCCAAUUUACAAGGGGUUAACCCCCAUGGAGGUUACAGUAGUCUAAAGGCUCCUCUCUUUCUUCUUUUUUCAUUCUUUUAAUCAAUUGUCCCCCUGCCAAUUCGAUCAUUCCAGUUUGCACUUCGUCAAGAAAAGCAAGUGUAUGGAACAAUAUUGGGUCAUGUAGAAAUAGAAGUUCACGCUUAAAUAAGUCAUGACUUUGGUGUAACUCAGUGGAUUUGGCAGUUAACUCCGAAUGCAAAUUUGUUGUAACAACUGUGUCUUCCACAAUAGUUAACACGUCUUGGAGAAGUGUUCUUUGCUGGUUUAUCACCUGAUGAAUAUCGUUAAUGUGUUGCUUUAGUGCAUAGAUUUCCAUAUCCAGCUUUUGGACAGUAAUAGAGUUGGCUGCAGACAUUUCAGUUGCGACAACUGCACCGACAGUGGCACAAACUAAUGCAACAAUUAUGGCGGUGAGGAACCUUUUGGGUCGGUUGCUCAUCGAAAUAGUACUGAAUACAAAUGGUUUCCAGGCUUGCUCCAAGAUGUUUCGCACAUCAUCCUGUGCUUUUUGGAGGUGCAUCUGGUACCAAGUCUGUAACUCAGGAAGCUGCAUCGUUGAAAUGUUGUAUGACUUCUCGAUGGAAAUCUUGGGGUCCAAGUUGACGAACACACGUCGGGUCAGGAUCCUCUUCUCUAUCAAGAUGAACCCUGGUGUCUCUUGAAUCAGGAUGCUGGAGGAUGGUCCUAUCUCUACGAUCGGGUCGGUCCGUAGCUGUUGGCACAGGAGCAGUACGAUCCAGAAGCACGCCACAUCCUUCUUGGACAUCUUUCGACAGUCACGAAUUAGGAACUCGUUUCAGACUUAUCUACUAAUGAUUCAAGGUUUGUUAAGCAUACAAACUUAUAACAGUGUGACAUCACUUGGCCUAGGACAACGCAUUAUUACGAUUCAUCAACAUUUGUAUUCUGUCUAAUUAUAUUUUUAUAACUUCAUCCCUCACUACAUUUAUUACUGACUCUUCAGUAAUUCGCCUAUAGCAGCUAAACAAGCUAGUAAGCUGCUUAGAAAAUGUAGUUAUUGGAUGACAAGGAAAUGGUUAAUGACAUGAACGUACAUGAGAUCAUGGCACAUCACAACAUUUCACAUCAUAUGAUACCACGUGAAUCAAGCAUUCAUCCAGAUUAGUCGUUCACUCUUCUGCGUCCGAAUCCACACCUAUAAUCCUUAAUUGAGAUUUAGGAUGACUAGCACGCAACUGGUUAAUGUGAACCCACUUUUCAAUAAAAUCACCAUCCUUAGGAAUUUUUAUCUUAUACGCUACUGGGGGAAUUUUGUCAAUAAUGACAUAUGGCCCUUUCCAAGAAGGUAAAAAUUUAUUUUCCUUAACUUGAUUUCGUGCAAAGUUAUACAGAUAGACUUGAUCUGUGAUCUUAUAUUCCUUUUUCGUGGUUUUUAAAUCGUAAUACGUCUAGACGCAGCGCGGUAUGCAAUAUGUAGCUUUCGUUUAACACCUAGAAUUUUCCACAUCUUAGCCAUUACUUCGCUGGUAAAAUGACUACCUCUGUCUGACUCAAUUCUUUGAGGCAGACCGAACCUGGAAAAGACAUGGUUUUUCAACAAAGUGGCGCACACGGUACUCGUGUUCUCUUUACAAGGCCAACACUCUAUCCACUUUGUGUACAUACAUGUAUGUACACAAAGUAACCGUUACAUGUAACGGUCUUGAAGAUCUUUUUACAGGACCUAUAAAGUCAAUUUGAAUAUCAGACCAGGGUAAUGACACCCCCCUCUUCUGAAGUGGUGCACGAUGGGUUGGACCAUGGGGUUGAUAUUGCGGACAAAUCAAGCAUCCCUGACAGUAUGUCUUAACAUCCCUUAACAUGUGUGGCCAAUAUGCAUAAUCACGCAAUAUCUCAUAUGUGAUGUUAUCACCACGAUGCCCAGAUGUAGGUGCAUUGUGUGUGUUGGAGCAUUAACCCUCUGUAUACAGUUGGGACUACCUAUUGUUGUAUACCAUGUUUAGAAGUUCUGAUCAGCAACCCAUCCAUGAUACUAAAUUGGACUUUAUAUCUCAUCAAGAUUCUUAAAUCUUCAUUAUUUUUGCAAUCCUCCUCUGUGAUGGGAUUGGCAGUAGGGUCUUCUAUAUGUCUAUAGAAUAUGCCUACGAAGGGAUCGUUCUUUUGACUGGUAAUCAGGUCCUCACUAGGAGCUUCUUGACUCCAUUGCACGACAUUUAAGUCGGCAUUAUCUCUAGCCUGUCGUCUAGUUGUGGCGUCAACAUGAAUGGAACCCAUAAGAUCAUCAAUGUUUUAGGGUUUCACCAUUGAUGGCUGCUUGUUUUGCCAGUGAAUCGGCUAAGUCGUUACGUCCUUGUCAAUACCUUCUAUUUUAGAAUGGCCUUUGGUUUUCUUCCGAUAUAUGGUUAAACCAUUUUCCUUAACCAGUUCAUCGAUUUUACAAAACAAUGUCCCAUGUUUAACAGGUUUGUUAUUGCUUUUCCGCAUCUGGUUACGUUUCCAGCUAGGCAGAUAUUCAACGAAACUGUUGCAAACAUAGUUAGAAUCUGUUAUAACGAAUUCUUUGAUACCAUAUUCUAUUGCCAUUUGAAUGGUCUUAUAUACUGCACAGAGUUCGGCUAUCUGACUGCUUUUGGGACCAUUAUUGUAUCCUAUAGAUACAUUGGGAUAAUCACCUGUCCAGGCGAUUCCGAUACCUGCAUCUAACUUCCGUUCAGCACCAGCGGUGUGGUGAUAUGAACAACCAUCAAUGUAUACCCACGGUAGGGGUCGACAGUAUUCCUCGUCAUAAACCUUAUAAGGGGAUAGCAAUUGCUCUUCUAGGAAGUAAUCUCCGGUGUCAUUAUCAUCCAGAGAUGGAGCAGUACAGUCAUGUAAUUCUGCUAAACCUUGGGCAACUGGGCUUCUCUUAUUAUGUUUAUAUGGACUUCUAGCUGCCAUCCCUGUAAGGAUAGAGUCCAUGCAGUAAUCCGACCGCUGGAUUACCGUCUCCGAUUCUUUCACUCUGCAGACACUGUAGAGGUUGGUGAGCUGUUUCUACAAUUAUUUUCUCACCUUGAAUAUAGCUACAAAAAUUUUGUAGUGCCCAGACAGUCGACAAUAACGCCUUCUCACACGUGUUGAAUUUAACUUCAACAGGUGACAAAGUCUUGCUAGCAUAUGCAAUAACUUUGUUUAAACUGUCCUGCUUCUGAUACAGAACAGCACUUAUGCUUAAAUCGGUAUUUCCUGUCUCCAGAUUGAAGGGUUUACCCCCCUCUGGGUAUGCUAAACAGGGUGCCUGAGUGAGCUUCCUCCUCAGUUCACUUACCGCUUGGUUCUGAGGCGCCCUCCAGUUCCAGGUAGUUUCCUUUUUAAGCAGGUGUAAGAGUGGUUUAGUUAUUUCUGCAUAGUUAUCUAUAAAUUUACGGAAGUAGUUGGUCAUACCAAGGAACGAUCUUAAUUCCCUGAUGUUUGAAGGUGUUUUAGCCUUAAUUACAGCUUCAACCUUCUUCCUCUGGGGAUUUAAUCCUUCAGAAGUUACCUCAUGUCCGAGGAAAUUGACAUGGGUGCGACACCAUUGUGCCUUUUGUAAAGACAGUUUAAUCCCUGCCUCUCUUAACUGAGUGAGAACAUGUCUAAUAUCUAUGAUAUGCUUAUCAUAGGAAGUGCUUUUCAGCAAGACAUCAUCGACAUAUGAUGACGUUCCUCUCGAGUGCGUCAGGCAUAGCCUUAUGCAUGAACACAGCGAAUUCAUGACCAGAGUUUAUGUAACCAAAGGGCAUGCGGGUCCAGGUAUACUGCUGCUUUCCAAAUGUGAAGGCCAAUUUGUAUUGGUCUUCAUCAUGGACUGGUACAGUCCAAUAUCCCUGCGCACAGUCAAUGGCAGUGAAUAUUUUGGAUCCCUGCAUUUGUACCAAACAUUGGUCUAUGUAUGGCACUGGCCAACCAGACAUAUAGAAGCAUUUAUUUAGCGGUCGUAAGUCAGCGCAUAAACGCCAUUGUCCAUUAGGUUUCAGAAUACCCAAGAUCGGAGAUCUUAUUAUUUGAACUGUGCACUGGACGUAUAAUGCCCCUUUCCUUUAAAUUCUGAAUGAUGUCUUGUAGACCAUCAUAUGACGAUAAUGGGAGUCUAUAUUGUUUGAUAAAUACAGGUGGUAAAUUUGGAUCAGUUUGUAUUCUGGCUACGUGGAGGUUAGUUAACCCACAGUCGUAGGAAUCUUUUUUGGCAAAAAUAUCUUGGAAUUCCAUUAGGAUAUCCUUUAGCUGUUGCCACUCAGCAUCGUUGGAGCAACAGUCAGCUAAAGAUAUUUGCUCUUCUAGCCUUUCCUGAAAUCCUGGAAAGAUUUCAGGCUGGCCUAUCUCUUAAGCUUCGUUAGGUCAGUUCGGUGUUGAUACUCAGUUCUCUUUGGUCGUGAUACUCUUGUGAUUCCUGCUCACUGAGCGGAUGAUCGAAGGUGAUUGAUGCUUCUUCGAUUUUACACGAGCCUUCUUCGACGUUGAAGGGAUAUACAGAUAGGAUAGUGAAUAAUCCUUCUGGGGAGGAAUGGAAUAUUUGAUCGACAAUUUCGUCCUUAGUUAAGUAUUCUUCAGGGAUGAGGCCUAUAAUUUGGUUUUGGAAACCAAAUGUAUAGUACUCGGCAUCCAAUGCUAGACCUGGUAAAGUAACAGUAUUUGGGUGUAACAUUGUUGACCAUUAUAUAGGUGGGAUUCUUACCAAUACUUACCAUUGGUGUAUGGGUUACCACCAUCCCUGAUUGUUGUAUUCUGUUGGAUAAACAGAUUAGGGCAUCAGAUUUUUCCAAUCUCUGACCCUUCUUGACCUGUAGGGGUAAAAGAAAGUUACUUGUCAAGUUUGGCCAAGACAGUCUUUUCAAACUGUUCUGCCCAAGAUUGCUUGGUAAUGUCAGGAGAUGGGGAAUCUUGUUUCACAGGUGGUUUUUUUUUUAUUUUUUUUUAUUUUUUUAGAAUUACUCACAUCUUUUCUUUGAGACUGUUCUAUGAAAACCUGGUUUGGUGUGGCAAAAUCAUAAGGAGGGGAUUUACAGAUAGUCCUUUCUAGCAUUUUUGUGCAACCUUUUGGCACACAAUGAUGACUACUAACCUCACUGUCUGAUUUCUGACUCUCCUUUUCAUACACAUCCAAUUGCUUUUUAAGCUCACUUAUUUCCUGUGCAUAUUUUUCCUUCAAAGCUUUCAGUUCUUUUUCAUGAUCAGCCUGACGGGUUUCAUGCUCAGCAAGUAAAUCUUGGUAUUUCCCAUUUUGAAUGCCCAGAUCGUCACUGUAUGUGUCCAAUCUGGUAUUCAGUACCUUGUUUUCAUCUAUCGCCUUCAGAAGUCUUGUCAUAAAGAAAGGCCCAGAGUGUAUGAUGAACGCCAUUUUUCUUUCUAUGUCCUAACUUUUAAAGGGCCAGACUCUCUGUACGUCAUUAGUUGAUAAGGCCAAUAGGAUACUGAUGGUGUGGUCAACCUGCAGAUCGCAAUUUAGGUAUUUGAUCCAUAGAGAACAGUCUUGCCUUACUAAACCUUCCUAUCCAGGAAAGAGUUAACUUUUCCUGAUGACGAUUUUGACGUCAAUUGGCUUAUCUAAAAUGAUUACCAUAACUUAAAUUUGCUGUCAGUUCAAAGCAUUUGUCUCAGUCUUUGUGGCAACUAUUUUGAUUGUAAUUUCUAAAAUUGACCAUUCUAAAGUCAAUUUCACCCCUUACUUACAAUGAGACCUUGUAAAAUUAAUUACUUAGUCUUCUCUGUCACUAGUAUCCGUGUUUAAAAUUUAUUUCUAUUCUAUUAACAUUUAAACAGAGCAUUCCACCCCCCUGCUUCAUUGCUUAUCACUUGGCUUGCUUAUAUAAUGCAUUCCUUAGCUCAGGCUAGUGGCUAGUGUUACUGAAAGCAAGAAGAAAUUGUCUUUGUUGGCCUGAAGAUCCAAAAUGGAGUCCGCUCUGUUCUGAGUGACUCUGGCAAUAUACACUUUUAAUUUCUAUCUUAGCACAAAAUGUCUGCCGAUAUAAAUAUCCUGACAAUAAAGAGGCAACAUUAUGUUCUCAUCCCGAGAACGAAUGCCCCUUUUCAUGCAUGACAAUACCUUACUGGCCUUAGCCACUGCUGAUUGACAUUGCACAUUGUUGCAUAGUUUGUUGUCUAUAACAAUUCCCAAGUCCUUUUCGUGUGUGGUUAUCCCUAAUUUGCUUCCAUUAAGGGUAUACUUUGCUUGUGCAUUCUUUACGCCGAAGUGCAUAACUUUGCAUUUUUCACCAUUAAAUUUCAUCUACCAUUUGAGUGCCCAGUACCCCAGCCUAUCUAAAUUCCUCUGCAGGAAGGUAAUAUCUUGCUCACAUUGUAUUACUUUACAACGUUUUGUGUCAUCUGCAAACACUGAAACAUGACUUUCAAUGCUGUCUUCAAGAUCAUUUAUAAACAUAUUAAAUAGAAGGGGUCCCAGAACAGAACGCUGAGGGACACCACUUGCCACCUCUGUCCAGCUUAAAAAUUUACCAUUAAUGACAACUUGUUGUACUCUAUCCUUAAGCCAAUGUUCUACCCAAGAACAAGCAUUUUCAUCUAGACCGAUUUCCUUGAGUUUGAACACUAAUCUAUUGUGUGGAACUGUAUCAAAUGCCUUGGCAAAAUCCAAAUAGAUAACAUCCACUGCAACACCAUCCAUCUAUACUUCUACUUACUUCUUCGUACAAUGCAAUCAUGUUAGUUUGACGUAACCUAUGCUUCAUAAAACCAUGCUGAUUUUCCCUUCAGAUUAGAGGCAGUGUUUUACAACAGGAAUUUCUAAUCUGGAGGGAAAAAAACAGGCAGGCAAUCCCCCAAACUUUUUUAAAUACCUCCCCCAAUUAUAUUUUGCACUAUAAAGUGUCACUUACCCCAAACACCAAUUCUUUGCCUGCCUUCAGCAGAGGAGGGAGUCAGGUUUUUCCCCAGGAGCACGGUGAGAGGGCUGAGGCUCGUUCUGCCAGGGGUAAGCACGCCGGACGCCUGCAUCUCCCCUGUGUUUUAUUUGUUCCGUCUAUACCGUGCUGGGCAGAUGAUGAUGCGCAUGGGUGCGCUAGCUGGGAGGUCCUGGCGUGGAAAUUUGUUUUUUUUUUUUUUUGGUUUCCAGGACUUAGAGAGCAACUAACUUUUUGCCAGGUGCACUCAGAAUCUGUUGCAAGUGUGUUCUCACCUACCCUCCAACACACUUUGAAGCCAUUUGAGGUAAGACUUUUUUUUUCUCUUAAGUGAGUCUAGCCUGAAUUAUAGAGUUUUGAUUUUGUUCAGCUUUUCUUUUUUUUUUUUUUCUUCAGUGUGUCUAAUCCUGAGACUGCGGAAAGGGCUUCAGAGAGGGGGAAAUGUUCUACGAAAUCCAAACAUUUAAGCUGCGCUGCAUGUUCCCAACCCAUGCCAGAUGCAUAUAAGCGAAGGAUCUGUUCCAUUUGUUCUAAAGAGGCUUCUGAGGAAGCAAAGAAAUCUGAAAUGACUUUCCUAAAUUGGUUCUAGCAAAGUCUGCAACAAACAUUUGUUGAAAUGCAGACAGCAGCCAUUCAGUCUGCUCAGGCCUCUGCUUCCUAGGUUUUUAUAGUAAUAAAUCCGGCUAAGAAAAGGCCUACAUCCUGGGAAUUAUCUGACGUAAGCUACAUAGUUACAUAGCUGAAACGAGACUUGAGUCCAUGUUCAGCCUUUCUCACAUUUGUUUUUUGCUGUUGAUCCAAAAGAAGGCAAAAAACCCAGUUUGAAGCACAAUUUUGCAACAAGCUAGGAAAAAAAAUCCUUCUUGACCCCAGAAUGGAAGUCAGAUUUAUCUCUGUUUCUUCUAGGUCAGAAUCGAGGAAUGAGGAUUCUUCUGAUGAAUUUUCCUUUCCAGAGGAAUCAUUUGAAAACUGGUAAAGGAAGUCCAGUUUCUGAUUGGGGAUAAGGAACAGUUCAGGAGCAAAGGAAAUAAAUCCAAGGUUUAUCCUUUUCAUCCACAGUUAAAGAAUUUGAUUCUAAGGGAAUGGAAAUUCCCAGGAAGGAAGACUUUUAUUUCUAAACACUUUAAAACUCUCUUUUCCAUCAAUGAGGAUCCCGAGUGCCUCUUAGAUCCCUUACCAUCAGUAGACAUCCCUAUAGCUCAGCUUGGAAAGAAGACCACUUUACCCAUAGGGGAUUCCAGUGGCUUGAAAGAUGCCAUGGAGAAACGUAUUGAUUCUUCCUUAAAGAAACUGUUUGUCUCUUCAGCAUCUCAAUCCAAAGCACUGAUUGCAGGUUUCCAGUGGCAAAGGCACAGAAACUUUGGCUGGAAGAAUUAGAAAAGAUUUAUGUGGAUGAAUCCAAAGAAAUCCAGUCAAGUUGUUACAAAAUAUCAAGAUAGCAUCUGACUUCCUAGUUGAUUCCUCUUCAGAAAGUCUGAGGAUCUCAGCUAAGACCAUGGGUUUAUCUUCCUUGGCAAGAAGAGCAGUAAGGUUGAGAAGCUGGUUGGCUGAUUCAGCAUCCAAAAAUUCUCUGAUAUUCCAUUUGAACCAGGCAGACUUUUUGGUUCUAAACGAAAUGAUCUUUUGAAGCAAAUGAAGAAUGGUAAGAAGGCCUUACCUGAAGAUAACAAAGCAACAUGGGAACAAAAGAUUUUUAGAGACCAACCCGCUUACAGAGGCUCCUUUCAGAGAGACUCUUACAGGGGUCAACAAAGGAAGGUAUUUGAUUACAGGAGAAAAGAUAAGUUCUCUGACAAAAAGAAUAGAAAUUUAUGACUCCAUUCCUGUUGGAGGAAGACUCACGGUCUUUCUGGAUUGCUGGCAGAAAACUACCUCGGAUUGCUGGAUUCUUUCAGUGAUAAGGAAUGGUUACUAUCUGGAUCUAUCAGAGAUCCCAAAAAAAAUAUGUUAUGAUCUUCAGUCCACUCGACUGCGACAGAACAUGCUCUGAUGGGAGAAGUGUCAUAGCUUCUUCAAAAGUAUGUUCUAUAAAGGGAGCAUCUAAAAGAGAUUCCUGGGCACGUAUUCAAGGCUCUUUUUAGUUCCAAAGCCAAACUGUUCUUACAGACCCAUUCUAGAUCUCAAAGACAGACCAGAGGCCAUAGAAUCCCUUUCUAUUCCAGGGAAGUUCAGUCUAGCCUUUGUGUUUUCCUCCUAUUUCGCUCAUUCCCAGGAUUCUACAGAAGAUCAGGAUGGUAUGGUUGAAAAGGAUCAUAAUUCUCCCUUGGUGGCCGAGAAAGUCGGUUCUCCUAAAUAUACACAGUUCAACCUUUUGGAAAUUUCACCUGUUAGUAGACGUACUGGAACACUCCAUGGUACCACUUCCGACUCUGAAAAAAAUUCAAAUUGACGACCUGGUUUCUUAAUACCAGAUAUUAAAGAGAAGGGGUUUGUCUCCUGAAGUUAAGAUUUUGACAGCUGCUAAAAAAGAAUCUACUUCCAAGAUUUAUUCCAGAAUAUGGAAGAAGUUUUGUUGUUGGUGUAUUAAGGUCAAAGAAAAUCCAGUAACCACUUUCAUUCCAAACAUCCUUAGUUUCCUGCAGAUGGGCUUUGCGAAAGGAUUAAAACCAGCCACGCUCAAGGUCCAAAUUUUGGCUAUACGUUUCUUUUCGUUCAGAUGUUUGGCUUUGAAUAUUCUAAUCACCAGAUUUUUCAAAGCGCUGUCUCGAUUGGUUCCUAACAUCAGGGAAACUUUUCCUCCGUGGGAUCUUAAUUUGUUUUUAUCAGCUCUCUGCGAACCUCCGUUUGAACCUCUAGAAAAGUAUUCUCUGAAGGUUUUAGCGUUCAAGACCUUGUUUUUGGUGGAUAUUACCUCGGCUAAAAGAUUGGGAGAACUUCAAGCUCUGAAUUCAAAUUUUCCUUUUUUAGUUUUCCAUCAGGACAAAGUUCUGUUAAAGCUGGAUCCUUCUUUUAUUCCCAAGGUUUGUUCUUCCUCCACCAUCAAUCAAGAAAUAAUUCUACCUACUUUUUGCAAACAGCCUUAGAAGUCAAAUUCCACUGCCUGGACGUUAAGAGAUCUCUGCUGCUGUAUCUGGAAAGUAUAAAGUCCUUUAGGAAAUCUAACAGUCUUUUUGUCUUGUUUCAUGGUCCUAGAAGAGGUUUGAUGGCUUAAAAAGGCUCCCUGGCCAGAUAGUUGAAAGAUUGCAUUUGUUUGGCUUAUUCCACAUCUAACGUUUCUGCACCUAGCUCCAUUAAAGCUCAUUCUACCAGAGCUAUGUCCACAUCUUGGGCCCUGCUGGCUUCUGCUACACCUUUGUUCUGCAGCCAUGUUGUCAUCUCUUCAUACGUUUGCUAAACAUUACAAAUUAGACAUACUGGCCUUUGAAGACGCAACUUUUGGGCACAAGGUGUUACAAGCAGUUGUGAAAUGACUCCCGCCCUUAGGGGAUUGCUUUGAUUAUCCCUGUUGUAAAGCACUGCCUUUAAUCUUAAGGGAAAAGCUACAAUUUUUACUUACCGUAAAUGUAUUUUUCCUGAAGAUUAGAGGCAGUGCUCACUCCCCUCCACCCCCCCCAUGUUCUAAUAAACUAAAUUUUGCACUUAAGUGGCUUUUGUAUUCUGGGGUUGUUUGGGGUAAGUGACACUUUAUAGUGCAAAAUAUAAUUGGGGGAGGUAUUUAAAAACAUUUUGGGGAUUGCCUGCCUGUUUUUUUCCCUCCAGAUUAGAAAUCCCUGUUGUAAAGCACUGCCUCUAAUCAUGAAAAAUAAAUUUAAGGUAAGUAAAAUUUUUAUCUUUUUGCUGAUAUCCAUGUUCUUCUCAAGGAAUUCUUGAAUAUUAUCCUUUAAUAGCCCUUCAAAUAUUUUCCCAGUUACAGCUCACAGGUCUAUCAUUUCCAGGCAAGGAUUUUGAACCCUUUUUGAAUAUAGGAAACACAUCUGCCUUCCUACAAUCCUCUAGACCACUUCCUGAAAGAAAAGAAUCUUGAAAGAUUAAAAAGAUGUUCACUUAUUUCUACACUUCGUUCCUUAAGUACUCGUGGAUGGAUACCGUCAGGCCCUGGAGCUUUGUUUAUAUUAACUUUCUUUAGUUGCUGCAGCACCUUGUCUUGAGUUAACCAAUUAAAAAUUUUCUGCAAGUUUUUAGCAGCAAUCAUUUGCACAUCUAAUGCCAUGGGUUCUUCCUUUAUAUAUACGAAGGAGAAAUGGUCAUUUAAAAUUCCCUCCUUUUCCUGGUCUUCAUUAACGAACACCCCCAUUCCAGUUUUUAGUGUACCUACACUUUCAUUUAAAAAAAAAAAUUUUUUUUUAAAAGAAUUUAUGUACUUAAAGAAUGCUUUGGGGUUGGUUUUGCUCUUUGGCCAUCAUUUUCAUUUGUUAUUGCUUUUCAAGUUGAAGUAACAUAAUAACAGUUAUGUAGAAUUGUUUUAUUCAUUAGAACCCUUAAUUACUUGGAUGUACUCUAGUACUUUAGUAUUCUCUAUAUGCGUUCCAAACGGAAGUACCACCCAGAAGAGCGUUGCCGGCGGACUUUAAAAAGACGCAAGGGAGACUCUGGAUACCACAACUACUGAGGAAGCCCCCACCAUAGAGCAAAACACGUUUUGGACCACCAAAGGACUUUUCAGGCAUAAGCCAGAGACCCAUUGGACUCUCAUAACGAUACGUUUUUAUUGCAUUUUAUAUUUUGCUAUUAUAUUGUCCUAACAUCUGAUAUUCAUUACUACAUCAUAUUUGAGAGAAGCAAGUGCUCGAUAGAACGCAGUAAUCAUUUACAUCCUUUUAGUUAUGGACGAUAUGGACACCGUCCCACACAUGCGCAAUACAGCAGUGGAAUGCAGCAACACAAGCCAUGCGCUCCAAUGACGCAAGAGGUGCGAUCAGGAAGUACGCACGAAGUGGAACGCACGAUGCAUUUCAAAUGAAAGGGACCACCCGGUGGGCUUUAAAAAGAUGCAAGGGAGACUCUCUGGAUACCACACUGACUGAGGAAGCCCCCACCAUAGGGAGAAACGACUUUCGGACUACCAGACAACUUUAGGCAUAAGCAAGAGACCCAUUGGACUCUCGUAACUAUACCUUUUUAUUGCAUUUUAUAUUUUGUUUUAUAACUUAUACCUAAUAAAGGAUCUUCAUUGGAAAAAAAGUAUCAACGCCUAUUUCUACUCAGAACACCUGCUAACCACAAUAAGGGAAAGACCAAGAGAGGACGGGGACAUCACAUUAAGAGUCCCACUGCGCUUUCCACGAGAGCCAUAUGUGUGAAUUUGGCUCCAUGUUUGUGAGUGAUACUAUUAAUACAUGUUAUAUUGUACAGACUAUUGCACUAUCUCGCACUCUUAUUUCUCUACAAAGAUAAGCUACAGAUGCUCCACCUGUUGUAUGUAUGAUUUUAUUUGGAGUGGUGUGUGGGGAUUCCACUCAGAUGUUUAGAGCAUCCAUUGUUGCCAUUCACCCUUAACUGUGUAUCAUAUUAAUUAGAUUAAAAACACUACAGCCUGCUGUUAUGAUGGUAGGAGUACCCUGACGCAAUUCCAGGGUACUGGUAGUGGCAAUCCUGCUGCUAUUUCAUUGAUUGACAGUCUGUGCACAGAAUUUACAUUUGCCAGCGCCGAAUGCUCAUUCCAGGCUGGCUAAAGAUGCUGCUCGAGGUAUCUCUGUGUGUGUGUGUAUGUACAGUAUUUCAUAUUGAAACACUGCGCAUACAUGCUCUUUGCUCCAUGACUAGUUGAUAACACUGAAGUGGUUGUAAUGCUUGGAGUAACCCUUUAAUCUGUCAUAAAUGUAUGUGUGAAACACGUGCUAAAUUUUGAGAAAAUGUUUUUGAAAGUAAUCAAUAGCAUUUCUUUUGGAAAUUCAAUGUUGUACCCUACAAAUUGCAUUAUGUGGUUGCAAAUUGAAAACUAACAGUUUCUACCCAGUUGCAACUUUUAAAAGAUGUUAACGUUCUACACUUAUAUUUUUUUGUUGACAAACAUUAAAGAAACACUAUAGCAUUAGGAAUACAAACCCGUAUGUACACUAUAUUGUUUUCUGCUUUUAGUCUUACUUCCCACACCAAAUCUAAAUACAAAAGGAAAAGUGAUUUAAUGUAUUUCUUAGCACCUAAAUCCAUUUUCUUGAACUGUCUCCUGCAACAUCACACCAACACUUGUCAUCCAUUCCUGUGCUCCCAAUUGAGGAGCACUGGGGACAAAAAGAGCAUGUGUAGUCAAAUAAAGGUUAGCUAUGAGAAAACACCUCUAGUGGCUGUAAUCAUUGCGGUGUAUGUACUAAGCUACUACUAAAUUUAAAGAGGUGGAAAAAGAGAAGUGAAACAGAGCACCGUAAACAAAGCUGGGAAAAGAAGCAGCUGAUGAAAAAAAUCCUACAGAUGUGCCCCAAAUUCACAAAAAAUAGGAUGUAAAUGUGUUUUCUAAACUUUAAUAAAUAUCCACCGAAGUAAUAGACUCUUUCUCUGGUACUUUCUUGCUGUGAUAAAACUGUUUAACUUUUUUUUAUUGCAGUAUCUUUGCAUUAGUAACCUGUGUCAAUUGUUGAGAUCAACUGAUUUAUUAUAUAUAUAUAUUUAUGAAAUUUGUAUUUAUAGGUUGAAAGAAACAAGCCAGUAGCUAGACAGGCACCAGGAAAACGUAAAUGUAAUUGUCGCCAAGAAAUGAGGACCACUCAGCUGGGACCUGGCCGCUUUCAGAUGACACAAGAAGUUGUUUGUGAUGAAUGUCCCAAUGUCAAGUAAGUGUUGAUUAGAACUAUAAUCUUGCAUUCAGAUGCAUUGUCCAUACCAUGUAAAGCAGACCGUAAUUUGGAAAGCAUGUGACUUAAAGUAGAAAGCAACACAAAAAGAGAAGUCAUCUUAAAGGACCACUAUAAGCACCCAGACCACUUCAGCUCAAUGAAGGGGUCUGGGUGCCAGGUCCACCUAGUUUUAACCCUGCAGCUAAAAACAUAGCAGUUUCAUAGAAACUGCUAUGUUUACAUUGAGGGUUAAUCCAGCCUCUAGUUGCGGUCUCCCUGACAGCCACUAGAGGCCGCUUCCGCGGUCCUCAAUGUGAAAAUCGCAUUGAACUCGCGCUGGACGUCCAUAGGAACGCAUUGAGUAAUGCUUUCCUAUGGGUGGUUUGAAUGCACGUGUGGCUCUGGCCAUGCAUGCGCAUUCGGAGCUGACGUCAGUAGGGGGAGGAGAGGUCACCAGCGCAGAGGGAGCCUGGCGCUGGAUUAAGGUUAGUGGCUGAAAGGGUUUUAACCCCCUUCAGCCCAGCAGGAGGGGGACGACGACCUAAUAACCCUAUAGUGCCAGGAAAACAAGUUUGAUUUCCUGGCAUUAUAGUGUUCCUUAAAAAAAAAAAAAAAAAACUUGCCUACAUUUUUUUCAUUUAGUUUUUUCUGCUACCAAAAUGCCUGCCCUUUUGGAUGUGAGCAGAUGAAGCGUGUUGUGUAGCUCCAUGCUCCUUGUCGCUUACUUGUUACCUGUUCAUAUUUUUAUGACAAUAAAAUGCGAGCAGUAUUCUUGGCCUCCCUUCAAGCACACACUGCUCACAGCAUAUUAUUGCCGUGGUGUUUUUUUUUUUUGAAUAUUUUUUUCUUUUAAGUCAUGCCUCUUGAAACCGUAGUUUCAAAAUAUUUUGGAAAGGAACGGCAUUCACCAAUCAAUACAGUGAAUCAGCGAUAUGGUGUUUACUAUGGUGUUUACUUCCUCAUAAAUUGUAGGCAAAAAUAAAAGUAUCCUGUGGGAAACAAUCUCUAUCCCAAAUUGCAUACAUUAUUGAAGUUGAACUGUUAUUGAGCCAAAACAUUGCCUGUUCAACUUAAAUAAAUUCUGCAAUUUGAUAUGGAGCCUGUGUGUGACCGGGUACUUUUUAUAUUUUUCUUUCUUACUUUUCUUUUUUUUCCUCUUGAAACAGUAUGACAAAAAAUAGUGACAUUGCACAUGCAGAUUUCUUGUAUCAUAUUAUAACUGAAAUAAGUUGUAGUAGUUAUAAUGCUUACAGUGUUUUUGUGUAACAGUGUGUAAUAUGCUUAGAGCUAUUUUUUUAAAAUAAAUCUGUGGAUCUUGACCUUUUAAUACCUGUGUUUUUUUUAUAUCCUCUGUAAGAGCUUUUAAACUCUUAAAUUGCACAUGUAUCACCCACAUAUUUGAUUUUCUUUAAAUGGCACUACAAAGUAUUUCCUUGCCCUUUAUCUUCCCUCAUAUCAUAAGGUUUUAAUCACCAGUAGUCUGCAAUUGCUAUCUUACUUUGACUGCAAAUGUCAUUACACACAUACAAUAUGUUUUUAGUAAGCAUGCCUCACCUUUCUUUAAUGUUCUUUGCAGCAUAUUCACCAUAUCUGAUGUCAAGUUUGUUUGCUUUUGCCUAAUUCUUGUGCCCAACAACUUGGGAAAAGAUAUUGGGCUUGAUGUGUUUUUUUUUUUUUUUUUUUAAGAUGGAAAUUGAGUGAGGCAGACAUUUUAUGAAUGAGCUCCCAUGCGUUAUUCUAAUUGGCUUCCACCAUAUAUUUUGCUCUUAUCACUCAAUGUAAGAAAUGGGGUAGAAAUGUAAGCCUGUGCAUGUUCCAGACCUGUUAACAGGAUAUUGCCAAAUUUAUGACCAGGCUAGAUGGGCCACACAACCUUACAGAUGGUAGGCCAGCCAUGUGAUUCUGGCUCAACCCCUCUAAUAAACUAAGCCGGUAUGUUGGCCUCCUACAAGACGUAUAUCCACUCUUCUAUUGCAAAUUAAGCUUCACUAGUGACAGUUUGACAUUAAGGUGUUUAUGCUGAAUCGAUUUAGUUUCAUGUAUGGUUUUCACAUUAAAGCAGUCUGAGUGAAGAACAACAAGGACCUACAAAUAUUUGGCUAUAGGUGACACCCAGUUUUCUGUAAAACCAUAUGGGAGAAGUUGGAGGUAAAACUAAAUCUGGGGGUUUCCAGAGGUCACAUAGUCUCCAGCUGACUUGAUAUUGCAGAAUUUGCAAUUCCUCACUGUCAUUAAUCUAACCUGACCAUGUCACUCUUAUUAAUCUUGGCCAGCUCGGACAAGUAUGUUCUAGUUCUGCACUAAUAUUAAAGAAACUUAGCCCUAUCCCUAAUCCUAUGACACAGUAUACUUGAACGUGAAAAGUCCAGAAUUGCAAAGCGUGCACUAAGGGAAACUAAAGUCACCAUGAGGUUCUAGAGAUCUUCAUAAACCAUUCACCAUUUGAUCUCUUGUGUCUCCAGAACAUCAUUCUGUACCGUUAUGUAUCCUCUAUCUAUGGACAUAUUUAAGAAGGUUUUAACACUACCUUUUCUAAUGUGCUUGAUUUUAAAUCCGAUAUAGUUCAUUUGAGCAUUUGGUGGUGUUUUGUUUUGUUUAUUCUAGUUGUACUUUGUAUUACAUCAGCACAGUUAAACAGCCAAAUUCAAUAGGUAAAGUGACUAAAUAGUAUCUAUCACCACUGAGUAUAGAUUUUAUGUUACAGCAGCAGAUUAUCUGAUCUGUUUCGUUAUUUUUUUCAGUGUUGUGUUAUCGUAGUAUGCCACUUACCACUUUAGAAUUUCUUGAACAAUUCGAUAACGCUAAUUGUUUUUUUUUUUACAUGAUAUUAAUACAUAUGCAUUUUACUGCAGACUUAUUAACGAGCAACGGACUUUAGAAGUAGAAAUUGAGCCUGGUGUUCGAGAUGGAAUGGAAUACCCAUUCAUUGGGGAAGGUAAGGAUAUUUUGUGUGUGUAAUAUCUAAAUAUAAAAUAUGAACUUGUUACGUUUUGCUUUCUUUUGUACUUCACAAUUCUUUUUCUUAUUCUAUUAGGUGAACCUCAUAUUGAUGGAGAACCAGGAGACCUACGUUUUAAAAUCAAAGUUCUCAAGUAGGUUAUUCUUAAUUUACAGUGUAGUGAAUAACCCUGUAAGUUUUGAAGUGCAUUUGCUAAUGUUUUAUGUUACAUUUUAAAUCUAACCUUUUUGCUUAUUUCUAUCUACGGGGACUUGACUUGUAUAUCUCCUUUUACCAAUUUAAGGAUACAAGAGGGCCACAUGGUCUAAAUGUCUUGUUCCAUCUAAGACUGCUUAAUAAUCUUAUAGGGAUUAUGAAUUAAUGUCUCAUUUUUAUUAGUUUGAACAUUAGUCUUUUUUUUUUUAUAAUUCUGAGUGUAAUCUGAAAAAAAUGCAUUAAUUCUUAUUGGUUAUCUGCAUUUGGUUGUUAAAAAAAAAAAAAAAAUUGAUUACUUUUAUAUCUAUCUCGAUUAAGAUGGAUGUGGAGAUGGAAUUUUUUUUUUUUAUGUUCUCAUACAUUGAGUUAAUGGAAGCACACAACCUAUUUCUGUGUUUGGCUUCUGCUCCAGGUUACAACCAGACAUGUUUGUUUGUUUUUACUUUCUGCAGAGGAAGAGGUUUAUGCAAUUUUAACUCAAAGGUUAACUUAUUAAAAACUAUAUCUACAUCUAUAUAUAAAUAAAAUAUAUAUAAAUAAGAACCAGUAAAGAAAGCAAAAAAUAACACUGACCUCAAUCAAAAUAUCUGUUUUGUAUUUACACAGGCACCCAAUAUUUGAGAGAAGAGGAGAUGACCUUUACACAAAUGUAACCAUAUCUCUAGUGGAAGCCCUUACUGGGUUUGAAAUGCAUAUUACUCAUCUGGAUGGUCACAAGGUAAAAAAAAAAAAAAGAUGUAAUCCGGGGAAGACCGUACCACCAGUAAUACCUACAGUACAUGUGUGGCAUUCACCUUGCUCCCUCAGUCCAAUGCACUUCUCAUAAAGAAGCAUUAUUUCCAGUGUUUCUCCAUGAAGGGCAUUUGCAGCAUAAUCAUUCAGUUUAACGUUGUUGCAAACUGAAUGCUUAUGCUGCUAUAUAAGAGAGGAAAAAGCAGUCUGCAUCAAUUGAAAAAGCAGCGGUAACGGUGAAACGCGUUUGGAUAGGACUGCAUGUUCAUCACUGAGAGCCAGCACUGAGUCCAUGUCCCUACGACUGUAACCAGUAUAUCUCCACACUCUACUGACUCAGAACGCCGAGUAAUACAUUUAAGGUCGGCACUUCUCAUGCUCACUCUGUUUCAGAGAUUAUACAGACGAAAGAAAGCUUGUUUAGUUUUUAUCUUAGUUUUUAUGUCUUAUGAGCUAUGACGCAAAUUUUUUAUUUUUAUUUUUUUUUUAGCACUAAACCUUUUGCUGGUGUAUAGUGUAUACUACAAAUAUAGGAUCUAUUAACUAAUUUUAGUUUUUUCUGUCAUUUAUUUUUCAUGAAUUGGAGUUAUAGCAUGGCAUAACAGCAUCCAGGGAGAUCACCUGGAUUUAACCAACAAUACAGACUUAUCACUGGACUUUUAUUUGCAUUUAAGUCUAUUUCAUUCAGUUUUUUUAUUUAUAAUUUUUUUGUGCUGUGACUAUUUUUUUUUUUUUUUUUUUCCAAGUACAUAUAUAGUCACUCAAUUAGAGUAUAUAUUACUAUGAUAUGAUAUUCUAGACAGAUAUAUUGUAUAUUGACAGAGAUCAUGGGUAUUUCGUUUUUUUUUUUUUUCCAUCCAGUCCUGGGCUCUUGUUGGGUUUAAUGGUUUUUAGUGUGUUCGCUAUUUCCUCCGUUGUGAUAGGGGCAGACAGUCUUUCUAUCUCCGUGUUCGUUAGUGAAGGGAGAGGAGUGUUCCGGAGGUAUGUCUCGAUGUCGUGUGUUAGGGUUGGCGAUGGAUCAGGAUUGUGAUUAUAAAGUGUGAAGUAUUGGGAGAAAAUCCUCGCUAUACGAUCCGGGCUUUCGUGUGUGCUUCCUCCCGGGGAGUUUAUUUUAGUAAUGCGUUUAUUGUGUGUUUUUUGGCGUAGUUUACGGGCUAAGAGGGUGUCUGCCUUGUUUGAUUUUUUUGUAAAAGAGCUGUUUGCUCCAUUGGAGGGCUCUUUGUGAAUCUUUGGCCAUGUAGGAUUUAAUGGCUUGUUGGUGAGUUUUGAUCUGUGUUAAAAUUGGUGUGGUUGGGUGUUGUUUGUGUUGGAUCUCUAGGGCCCUCAGCGAGAGGCGGUGGUCCUUCAGUUCCUGCAAUUUUUGCUUUUUGUGUUUUGUGGCCUCCGCUAUCAGUUUGCCCCUUAUGGUCGCUUUGUGUGCUGCCCAUAAUAUGCCUGUGGAUUAAUUGGAAGUACUCUGUGAGUGUCGUUUGGGUGGACGCCCUUAUUUCAGGGAUGUGUAGGAGUGUUGGGUUUAAUCGCCAUGACCAUGUUCUAGCUGUUUGUGGAAUUAAUAGUGUUAGGGUUAUCUCUGCGUGGUCGGACCACGUGAUCGUGCCUAUAGAUGUUGUUGUAAUGUCUUGGGUUAGGAGGGACGGGGAUAUCAGGAACAUAUCAAUCCUAGAGUAUGAGAGAUGAGGGUGGGAAUAAAAAGUGAAGUCAAGAGUUGUGGGGUUUUGCAUUCUCCAUAUAUCUUGGAGACCUGAGUGGAGUACAAAGUUCGAGAGUAGUUUGUCUAUUUUGGCUGCUGGGGUAGUUUUACCAGUACGUGUGGGUUGUCGUCGGUCUGUUUGGGGGUCGAUGACUGCGUUAAAGUCCCCCCCUGUGAUCAUGUGGUGGGAGGGGAACAGUUUGAGGUGGGCUUGGAUGGCUGUCCAGAAGGAUGGGUCUGGGUUGUUGGGGGCAUAUAGUGUAGUGAUCGCAUAUUUGUGAGUGCCUUGCUGUCCUGUUAUAGUGAGGAAUCUGCCUUGAGGGUCAGCUGUGGUGUUUGUGAAGCUGAUGGGGCAUGUGUUCCGGAUGAGUAUUGCCACUCCAUUACGUUUUCAGGUUGGGGAGUUUGCAAAGUGACAUUCUUUGUAGUGUCUGUUUCUAAGUGGGAAUGGUCAUGAGGUCUCAAAGUGCGUUUCUUGGAGGAGUAUUAUGUCUGCUCCCGUUCUAUUGGCCCAGCGCAUCAGCUGGUGGCGUUUAGCUGGGUUGUUUAGGCCUUUGCAGUUGAGUGAGAUGCAUUUCAUUGUCUUGAUAUUAGCUGGGGGUGUGGGUCUGUUUAGUUAUGUAGAUUGCGGAGGACCCGGGGUUUCUCGUCCUUUAGGGUGAGUGGUUCCAGGAGGGGGGUUGUGGGGGGUAGGGUAGAGGUAAGGGUUGUGGGGUUUUAGUAUCCAAAAAGGGGAUGGAGAAAGGGGUGUCGGUGUGCCCUGGUCUUACUAUAGGAUCGCCAGGUGGUGUUGGGGGGGUUGUAUGUGGUGCCUUUAGGGUUGGGGUAGGUGUGGUGUGGUCCCCUUGUGGGGGGUACUGUGGGUUGUGGUGAGGGAGAGAGGAGGAAGGUCUUUCACGUUCCCGUCACCCUCUCUCCCCCUGCACAGUUGCCAGUGUAUCACUCAUGGUUGGUCGGUGGGUUUUUAGUCGGUUCGUUGUGCCUAUUCUUAUGGUGGUUUGUUGGUACGGGGUAAGAUGCUCCGUUUUCCGUCUUUCUUUCUUCUGUGUCGUAUGUAAGUCUGUGUUGUCACUUGUGAGGUUCGCUUGGAAGAGGAAAAAAAACAUUUUAACAUAUAUAUAUACAAGGAAAACUUUAACAUUUUGUAAUAACUGUGGUUUUCGCCUCAGCUUAACCUGUGUGUUGACUUUCAAGGAAGUUAAUUAUCUCGGUCAAAUGCCUAGAUGUGCCCUAUGUGGGUUUUCACUUAGUUCUAUCCCCCCUCUCCUCCCCUUCUGCGGUUCUGUCUCUGUUUUUCUAAUGGUUUCGUCGUCGUCUCUCCCUUUCUUCCCCCUAUCCUUCUGUUGUCCUGUCUGUUGUAUGAUCAGUGUCAGUGUUGUUUGUGUGUGUUUUCCUUAGUCCGGGGGGGUGUAGUGAGUGUUAGUGCGUCUAGUGGUCCGUCUGGUCUGGAGUGUGAUUCACCCUCUUUCCCCUUCCCUUGAUAUUUUUAGGCCCUAUGUGGCCAGUCUUGUCUCUCCCUCUCUGCAUUUUCCCCCAUUACCCUUGUGGUAAUCACGUUCUAUAGUUUAAAAGAUUGUAAGAGUAAUGUCUCUAGCGUUCUCGUAUUUCUUGUUUGGUGCUCUCUUCAGAUCCGAGGCGGUUUUGGAGUGGGGAUGUCUUUCACUGGAUCAGUUGGGUGGAACGGGGUCAGGGCUCAUUGGUGUGUGUUGGCGAUUUCUCUUCUGGUGUUAUGAGGGUCAAGCUGUGGCCGUAAAGGUUUCAAAGGGGUACAGGUCCGGUGAUGCGAUGUGGGUCAGAUCUUUUAUGGGGGAUGUUUGAGAGUUCCGAGGGGGGGACCUCUUGGUUUUAUCUCGAGCAGUGUCCCGGGGGGGAGGAGGUUGCCAUGGGCUUGGGGUUCUCAUUUCUUUUGGUUCCGGAUCCAUAGGGCUGAUUCUUCGUGGUAAAGUUCCUCUUAUUCGGCGUCUGUCCUGUUCUUCUAGCGGCCUGAGCGGUGCGGCGGGGAUUGUUCCCCUUGACGUCUAGCAGCGGUGUUGUCUUCUAUGGCGUGGGGGGGUCUUUUCUGUUUGGCCGGAUGCGGGGAUGUAGCUCUGUCUCUGGAGCGGUCUCUUCCCCUGUAUCCCGUUAGCGGUGUGGGGUUCAGGAGCUGAAUUCCCAGAGAGUCCGCCAUUGGGCCCAUAUCUGCGGCUGUGGUGAGGAUAUGGGUUUGGUCGCCUUUUUUGACCAGCAGUUUAAAGGGGUGGCCCCAAGUGUAUUUUAGCCCCUGUUCUUGGAGGGCCAAGGUGAGGGGUUUUAGAUCUCUCCUCUUCUUUAAUGUAGUUGGGGCCAAGUCCUGGAAGAAGGUUAGGCGGACGUCUUUAUACUUGGGAGGGCGGUUUCUGGCUAGUUGCAUUAAUUUUUCUUUGGUUUGGAAGUAGUGGAGGCGGAUAAUUACGUCUCUUGGGGUAGAGAGAUUCAGAUUAGGGGGUCGUAGCGCUCUGUGAGCCCGGUCCAUUUCCAGGAGUGGCAGCGGUAGUUCCGGUGCCAUUGCAGAAAAGAUGUCUUUCAGGGUGGUGCUUAGGGUCUCUGGCUGGACUGCUUCGGGUAAGCCACGGAUUCGGAUGUUAUUCCUCCGUGAUCUGUUGUUAAGGUCCUCCAGGUUGUCCUCCAUGGCCGUGAGGCGGCCAUGGAGGUAGAUUUCUUGGGACUGCGAGGUAGCUGUCAGUGUUGUGAGACAUACCUCUGUCUGGUCCGUGCGGGCAGUCAGUGUCUGUACUUCUGCUCUGAGGCCUGCUAAGUUUCUGCUGAUCUCCUCUGCCACGUGGGAUUUUUAUGUCCGCUGUGGCCUCCUUCAGCAUGUCCCUGAGGCUCCCGAUGGUGAGGGGGGUCGAGGGGUCAAAUGUGGGGUCGGUCCCCUCUGGGUCUGUACCUUGGUCGUCCCCAUGAUAGGAGUAGGUAGGCCUCUGGGAGUCCCCCGGCGUGCGGAACAUGAAGGCUACCGACGGAGUGAGCUCUUUCUUUUUCUUCCCGCCGCCCAUAUUGUGGAGCCUGGUGUUGGGUGGUCACCUGGAGGCUGUUUGGGGGGUGUUUGGGCCGUGUGUGAUGCGGAUGAUGGCUGAUUCUGUGCCUGGGGGAGAGGGAGCUGUGAGAUCAGGCGUCCAUCUUCCUCCGAGGUUAGGCUCCGCCCCCCUCGUUACAUUUUUUUUUUUUUUUUUUUAUGGAAAAAUGUAGUUGAAAACCCAUAAGUAUACCAAAACAGUCUCAUCUUUCAAUUCAUUUCACAGUGCAAAUAUUUGCUUAGCCCUCUUUAUAUGAAUAUUAUUUUCAACUUAAGAUACAAUUUUGUUAAUUUCUUAAUAGUUAAGAUGUUAAAUUAAAAACAAACCAAAAAAAAUACAUUAAUUGCUACAGUUAACAUACCAAUGAGGUAUAUUUUUAUAGACACAAAUUAAAUGUGAUUCCGGCAGCAACAGCUGGAUUGUCAACCAGUUUGCAUUUAAUGAAGGAGCUGAUUGUCCAGUUUAGCCUUUGUGGUUAAAUUGAACUUUUAUGAUGAAAAUGAUUAAGAGCUUCGUGAAUGUUCUUCUGUGUUAAAUGCACGUUUAAAAUAAUGGCUAAACCAUUUUGUUUAUAUGACUCAUGUAAAUGUUAUUUUACAUACAGGUUCACAUAAUGCGAGAUAAGAUCACUAAGCCUGGAGCAAAACUUUGGAAGAAAGGAGAAGGACUCCCCAACUUUGACAAUAACAACAUCAAGGGCUCACUAAUUAUUACGUUUGAUGUGGAUUUUCCUAAAGAACAGUUAACUGAAGAAGAGAAGAAAGGUAUAAAAUUAUAUAUGGCAAUAUUUUCUCCAACCACCAUCCUAGCCAAAAAACAAACAAACACACAAACAAUGAUGAAAUGUAUUUCAAACAUCUUCCUUCUAUGCUCCACGCAUGCAUGGGAAAUCAUUUACUGACACAUAUUCACUUUGUACUAAGUCGGGGGAUCUUUUUCCUCAAAUACCAGUCUUUGCAAGCAUCCCUGGCAAUGUACAAGAACAUAAAGAGGAAACCGCACUCUUACUUCAUGCUGGUCCUGGUGCAUCCAGACCUGGGGCUAGCUAACCCCACUCCAAUGGUAAAAAGAACAAUGUAGUCCAAGCACCCAGGAUUACUUAUGCAGCAGUUUUAUUGGAAUAACAUUUUGAUCUCCAUUGAGAUUUUUUCAAGCAUCCCUUUCAAAGCAUUUUUUUUACCAUUUCACAGAGAUGUAGAAUCCUUUCGUGUUUGCAGGACGGUGCACAAUGACUGUAUGGCAGAGAGUAGCUUUGCCAAGGGCCAAGCUUAGACUGAAACUCUGUGUAUCACCGCCUGGUAUGGUAUAAGGCAGAGCUAAUUUUAAUCUUUUAUUAUAACUAUUAUUAUUUAUUCAGAAAAUCAGCAACACAUUCCACAGGGCUGUCCAUGUGUACAAUUGAUACAAGUAAAAAGAAAAAGGUACAAUACAAAGUUUAACAAACAAAUACAGGAUGAGUUGAGGGUCUAUUCUCAUGGAAACCUACAAUACAUGACUUUACAAAGCAGUCAUUGUGGGUUGAGUUGUGAGUGUCGAGGGACACCUCAUACCUGUUAAAUGUAAUAACAUUUUGCCAAUGAGUUAAAGUGGUUAUGGUGCCUACAAUGUCUCUUAAAGACCGUUUCCAGAUGUUGUAACUUCCUCCUAUAGAACACAGUUUAAUUUUUAACCAUAUUAUAGGAACUGUGUAGUCAUUAUAAGGGAAAGUGAUUUUAUGAAGCAAUGAUACCUAUUUAGUUUGUAAGUGAAUUUCAGUGUUAGUGUGGAAAAUAGCCAUUUAUAUUUGUACGGUUUUGAAUUAUGUGCCAAACACAUUUAUUUAAAACUUUAUGAAUAUAAUUACGAAACCACUGUUCAUGUCAGUUCUUUCUGUAGCUGUCAACACAUCCAAUGUUCUGAUUAUUUACCGUGCAUAUAACGUGUUAUUUUUAGCACUAUAUUUGCACAUACUUUCAGGCAUAUUGAUUGGGCAGCAAAGUAACCUCUCUGUGAAAUCUAGUUGGUACUAGUACAGUAACCAUAGCAGAGUUCAAAACCUUUACUUGCCCACUUACCAUUGAUGAGUGCAACUUCAGUCCUGACAAGUCUGCCAUGGAACCUCGCUAUCUCUUAAGGUCUUCGGUGCUGUAACAGGAGCAGCGUAUUGUAACUGUAGCAGCCCCUAUGUAUUUUCGGCUUGACUAGUACGGUAAGACUUUCAAUUGCGGCAUGUAAGAUGAAAGAAGCCGUCUCAGUGCCAUAAUCACUAAAGCUCUUUGUAGUGGUUAUAGUGCUACCGGCAUCAAUCCCUUUUUCUGUGUGAAACCGUUUUCCAGAAGUUUAUCAUAAUCCAAGUGUUCCCUGGCAUCAGUUGACUUGCCAUAUUGCUAAUGCAGAAGUAAUACUUCUCCAUUAGUGAUAUUAAUUAGUCCAAAUUUAUGUGACCGUAAAGGGCUGAGCCAGUCACCACUGUCAGCCCACCAAUCCUUUACAAAUAAGGACAAAACUGGUAUUGCUAACUCUGAAGUAUUAAUUCCAUAUUGACAAUAUAGCAAACAAGGGGCUUCGCUGCUGUUGUGCUCAGUCUUAAUGUUUGAUAAACAGAGUGAAAAUGUCAUAAUUGUUGAGGAUCUGUCUUCAAGAUAUAAGCCAGCAUUGUAUCACUGAACAAAGAGGCUUUUACUAUGGAAAUAGAAUUAUUCUGAUUUUUGUAUGUACACAUACACCAGAUUGUCUUAAGUACCGUAUAUACUCGAGUAUAAGUCGACCCGAAUAAAAGUCGAGACCCUUAAUUUUACCCCAAAAAACUGGGAAAACGUAUUGACUCUAGUAUAAGACUAGGGUGGUACUACUGGUAAAUUUCUAAAUAAAAUUAGAUACCCCAAAAAUUAUAUUAAUUGAAUAUGUAUUUACAGUGUGUGUAUCUAAUGAAUGCAGUGUGUGUGUAUAUAUAAUGCAGUGUGCUUGUAUGAAUGCGGUGUGUGUAUGUGAUGCAGAGCCUUGGUGGGGGGUGGGCAUUUUUUUUUUUAAAUAUUAUUACUAUUUUAAUUUUAAUAUUUAAAUUUGUAUUUAUUUAUUUUCAUCCCCCCUCCCUGCUUGUUAGCUGGCCAGGGAGGGGGGCUCUCAUUCCCUGGUGGUCCAGUGGAUGGGCUGUGCAGGAAGGGGGCUGGCAGAGAGCUGUAACUUACCUUUCCUGCAGCUCCUGUCAGCUCCCUUCUUUCUCCUCCGUUCCGGUCAGCUCCCUUCUCCUCCCUUGUAAGUCUCGCGGUGUGGUUGCCACGGUAACCUGAGAUUUACAGUGGGAGCUGACGGUGGAGCUGACCGGACCGGAGGAGAGAGAAGGGAGCUGACAGGAGCUGCAGGAAAGGUAAGUUACAGCUCUCUGCCAGCCCCCAACAGGACCGCCGGGCUUGUAAUGAGCCUGGCGGUCCUGGUCUGUAUUAUGGCAAUGUAAGUUGCCAUUAUACAGACAUUGACUCGAGUAUAAGUCGAGUGGGGGGGUUUUCAGCACAAAAAAUGUGCUGAAAAACUCGACUUGUACUCGAGUAUAUACGGGUAUAUGGACCAAGGAUAGUUAUCUAGUUAUUUGAGUCAAAAUAAAUACUUCCGAUACAAAUAAUUUCUGCUGCUGCAAUUAAUAUGCUGUAUGAUUCAUUAUUAAAUGACAAGUUUCAUAGCUUGUUUCCACUUUACAAUAAUGUUGUUUGUGUUUUAACACAUUGCGUCAUUCUUUUUGUUUUUAUUAGAUAUAAAACAGUUGCUGAAGCAAGGAUCUGUACAGAAGGUGUAUAAUGGACUUCAAGGAUAUUAAGAAUGUAUUGCAUCCAUGGGAAGAAUAGUUGGACAUUUUUGUGUAUUUUUUGUUUUCAUUAUUAUUAAAUAAAUUGUUACAAUUCUUUAGAGAAAAUCUGUAACUUACUCUACUACACUUUUUUUUUAAACGUCUCUAAAUACUUACUGCAAGAAACUGGAAACAGAUCUGAAUUGCGUGACCGUUAACUAACUGAAGAUGUGCUAAAAGAAAUUAAUUUGUUUAAUCAAUAUAUCAAACAGAAUAUUGCAGUAUGUAAUACAAAUACCUCCAUUAUAUAAAUCUAAUGAACAUCUGUUUUACAAUAUGAGCUUUGCAAGCGUAAAAACUUGAGUGACAACUAAUACAAUUUUUAUACAGGAAUUGUGUUCCUUUUAAUGCUCAUCAUGUGAAUUGACUGAUGCCUGUAAUUAAUAUGUUCUUACAUAUUGAAAUAUUCAGUUAUACUACAUCUAAAUAACUGCUUUCCUCACUACCCAAAGCUAUGGAACCAAGUCACCCAUAUUUUAGCAUUGCUUGAUGUGGGUCUGUUUUCCAUUAUUCAUUUUAGCUUAUGGAUGGAAUGGGCUACUAAGCAUACCUGCCUAGAUUUAUAUUUUUUUUAUUUUUUAUUUUUUUCCCAAAGGUUUUUGGACCUGUAAAUAUAUGCGGCUAAAGUAGUCCACCCCCAAGGCCUCCUCAGAACUCUGUGAUGAGAUGCUGCCUGCAUAUGCUUUGCAUUAUGCGACACAUGUUUUCCCUACAAUUUCUGAUUUAUAUCUUUUAAUUGUGUUGGAAUUUUAGAGGGAGAGCUUAUCUUUAUGAAAAAAGCUGACGUGACAAUGCCACUUUAAAAUAGUGUUUUUGUAUACAUUUUAUAAACCAUAUUUUAAAUUUUAAAAUUUUACGUAGUUAUGUUUUUUUUGUUUGUUUUUAAUGUGGCAAGCAUACCAGAUUUCUUUCUGGAGAGCUAAAAUUAUGCUGAGAAACAGGCUCUCUGCUUAGAUAUGCAUUAAAAGUUCAAGGGGAGAGGGGGGGGGGUGCAUGAAAUACCAACCAUCAAAGUGAGAGAUGUUGAUACUGGAACUGCCAGAUGGGGAUCACGUUAUUGUGUGGUCUGAUUUCUGAAGGCUUUUCUCUAUUGGUAAAUUUAGAAUAAUGGUUCUAACAAAAAUCUGCCUGAUUCCUGAUUAGAAGGGUAUUAUGGGCAGCUGUAUAAUGUGCCUGUUUUAAAGGGAUCCUAUAGUGCCAGGAAAACAAACCUGUUUUUUCUGGCACUAUAGGCUCCUGUAGUGCCGCUUACCUGAAUCCAGUGCCAAUAUCCCGCGGCACUGGGUCAGGCUCUUGACAUGCAGACGUCAGCCGGCGGGGGAGACCGCAUUCGCGGCAAUAGCCCACUGACGCUGGAAGUCUGUGAGGACGUCCAGCGUCAGAUAACGGACCAAAAGUUAGUUUAGAUUCCAGAAGCCCUCUAGUGGCUGUCUGUUAGACAGCCACUCAGGGCAGGCUUAGAGCUGC